CCGUUCCCUCCCCUCACGGCGCUUUUUCCACUCUAUCCGCCCCUUUUCCCACCCUUUUCCCAUUUUCCCCACCCUUUUCCCACUCGUCCCGCCCCUUUUCCCUCCCUUUUCCCCCCCUCAGGGUAGGGGAGGCGUUUCCCGCCUCUUUUCCCGCCCCUCGGUGACGGGAUAUCCCUGCGCGGCCGGCGGGUGCUCCGCCGCUGCUGGGACCGCGGUGCCGCUUGAGGCCCCGUGUCCCUCCGCCCGCCAUGGCGGCGGCGGCGGGCCCGGCGCGGCUGGUGCGCUGCGGGCAGAAGGACGAGCUGUACCGGGCCGGGCUGCGCAGCGGGGCUGGCACGGCGCUGAGGGGGCUGGCGGGUGCCCGGCUGUGGCUGGCGUGGAGGAGGGAGGUGGAGCUGCUCUCCGAUGUGGCUUAUUUCGUGCUCACCACGCUGUCAGGCUAUCAGACCCUGGGAGAAGAGUAUGUGAACAUCAUUCAGGUUGACCCGAGCAAGAAGAAGGUGCCUUCCUUCCUUCGUCGGGCCCUCUUCAUUUCCCUGCACACCUUGGUACCCUACUGCCUGGAAAAGGCACUGCUGCACCUGCAACACGAGCUGCAGGUGGAGGCUGAGGAAUCCAGGAGCCCAGAGAACCCCCCAGCACUUGGCUUUCCCAGCAGGAGCUUCAUCCGCAGCUGGGUUCGGAAGCAGGUUGGGCAGCUCAGUGAGCAGCAGAAGAAAAGAACCUCCCAAGUCGUGGAUGUCCUCAAACAAUGCAUCCCCCUGCUGCACCGGCUCCACCUGGCAGUGUUCUACAUCCAGGGCACCUUCUAUCACCUGUCCAAAAGGGUCACAGGCAUCUCAUAUCUGCAUUUUGGAGGACUGCAAGGAGAAGAUCAGAGUAUCAGAUCAAGUUACAAGUUUCUUGGAAUAAUUUCUCUCUUCCACCUUCUGCUGACCAUUGGAGUUCAGAUGUACAGCUUCAAACAGAAGCAGAGAGCAAGGCAGGAGUGGAGGCUGCACCGCAACCUCACCCACCAGAAAAGCAGGAGCAAGGAGGCGGUGGCCGGGCGCCAGUCGCGCUGCACGCUGUGCCUGGAGGAGAGGAGGCACAGCACAGCCACCCCCUGUGGGCACCUCUUCUGCUGGGAGUGCAUCACUGCCUGGUGCAGCACCAGGGCAGAAUGUCCACUGUGCAGAGAGAAGUUCCAUCCUCAGAAACUGAUCUACCUACGGCACUACCAAAUGUAAAGGGAACCUCUUCUGUCUCCUCAUACUUGGGUUGGUCCAAGAAAGGCUUUAUUAAACUGGAAACUGCCUGUGCAAGGUGGUACUACAUUCCUGUGUGACAGAAUAAAGCUAUUUUUGCUUCUAUAUUCAAUAUGGAAUAUAUUCUUUCUCUAUAGUAUUCUUUCUUCUGUAUUCAAUAUGGAAUAUAUUCUUUCUUUCUCUUCUGAUGUAGCUCCUGACCACAUUAAAAAUGGGGUUCUAAAACAUGCUUAAAUCAAGUGAAUGCUCCCUGAAGAGUUGAAAAAGGCACUGCAUGGAGAUAAAGUGAGGGCAACCAUUACUGAAAAGGAGUCAUAAAUAGUGUUAGAUCAAGAGAUGUAUAUAAAGAUAGAGAACAAGUAAAGGGGAACACUGUCUUUUAAUAAAUUUCGGAAUUAAAAAGUCACUUAAUAAAACUGCAGUUGUAUCACAUGAAA